AUGGGGUAUGAUGUAGCCCGUUUCCAGGGGGAUGUUGACGAAGACCUUAUCUGUCCUAUCUGCAGUGGAGUUCUGGAGGAGCCAGUGCAGGCCCCUCACUGUGAGCACGCCUUCUGCAAUGCCUGCAUCACUCAGUGGUUCUCUCAGCAGCAGACGUGCCCGGUGGACCGAAGCGUAGUGACAGUUGCCCACCUGCGCCCUGUCCCCCGGAUCAUGCGGAACAUGCUCUCAAAACUACAGAUUGCCUGUGACAACGCUGUGUUUGGCUGCAGUGCCGUUGUGCGGCUGGACAACCUCAUGUCUCAUCUCAGUGACUGCGAACACAACCCCAAGCGACCUGUCACCUGCGAGCAGGGCUGUGGCCUGGAGAUGCCCAAAGAUGAGCUGCCCAACCACAACUGCAUUAAGCAUCUACGUUCAGUGGUGCAGCAGCAACAGACUCGGAUUGCAGAGCUAGAGAAGACUUCAGCUGAGCACAAGCACCAGCUGGCUGAGCAGAAGCGGGACAUUCAGCUGCUGAAGGCAUACAUGCGUGCUAUCCGCAGUGUCAAUCCCAACCUUCAGAACUUGGAGGAGACCAUUGAGUACAAUGAGAUCCUAGAGUGGGUCAACUCCCUGCAGCCGGCACGGGUGACGCGCUGGGGUGGCAUGAUCUCCACGCCAGAUGCUGUGCUGCAAGCAGUCAUCAAGCGCUCUCUGGUGGAGAGUGGCUGCCCGGCCUCCAUAGUCAAUGAGCUGAUUGAAAAUGCCCAUGAGCGAAGCUGGCCCCAAGGCUUAGCCACACUAGAGACACGGCAGAUGAAUCGGCGCUAUUAUGAGAACUACGUAGCCAAACGGAUCCCCGGCAAGCAGGCGGUGGUGGUUAUGGCCUGUGAGAACCAGCACAUGGGUGAUGACAUGGUGCAGGAACCAGGGCUUGUCAUGAUAUUUGCGCACGGCGUGGAGGAAAUCUAGGAAACCACAGCAAGACUAUAAAGCGAGAAGGAAACCUGAAAACCCCACCACUCCACUGGGCAUGUCCCUCCCACCCCACUUGCCUAUAUUCAAGCCCCAAUUUCCUAGUCUCCUGGCACUAAAGUGCCCCAGGGCAUUAGUUUCUUCCUCCCUCAUACCUCUAGCCCCCUGUGCCCAAGAGGGAGAUCCAGAUGUGGAUGCUAUUUCUCUUACCUCACUCCUCCCCCCUCCCCCCCAAUUGCUGUAAAUUUUCAGCCUGAUUGGAAGGGCCCCUACUUCCACUUCCCCUGGGUCCAGAUGUUUGCAGAAGGCACAAACACAUCCAUUGCCCCAAGAGGAGCGCAGUGAGGUGUGGCGCCACCUCAAACCAAGGGGCUGGAGCAGGUAGGCAUUCUGGUCCUCAGCAGGAUUGAGGGGGAAACCUGCAGGGGAGGGGCAAGGUUAGAAGAAAAGUCAUAGGAGUGGUGAGUGAUGCCAAAUAGAAGCGGAUCAGCACUGGUGGCUGGGCAGGGGUGCUGAUGGUGCUCCAUGACCUCUGUGCCAAGUGGGAAUCUUUCUCCCCAUCCUUAUGUGGGGGGGGGCAGGUUCUAGUAGAAUGGGUGGGAAAGUAGAUACUGAAGUGUCCUCUCUUCCCUCCCCUUUUCAUAAACAGAAUGAUGGGUUCUGGGAGUUUGGGGUGGGGGAGGGUAGGCUGGUGGAACCCUUCACUGCCUGGCUUUUGCCAAAGUGGGGUGAGCUGAUGUCCCUUAUGGAUGGGACAAUAGUAGUUUCCAGAUUCCCCUUUCCCUCCCCCACUCCCUUGUGAUUGUG